UUCGAGCUCGUUCCGUAAAAUCGCAUUGAAGAUGAGAUUUUUUUAGAUUUUUUGGACGAAAAAACGGUGUUUUGGUGAAGAUAAAAUAUUUCUCUACUUUCAGAUGGCCAGCUGCUUCUUUCGCACUUUCCCCAUUAACCGCGGAGCGACCAAAUCCUUAUCAUUCAACUACUUUUUACGAUACUAUGCAAGCUGCCCUCGUUGCUGGAAGUGCAGUAGCGAAGGAUCCAAAGAUAAAUUCUUCUGCAGUUCAUGUGGAGUUCUGCUGAAAGUUGCAAAGCAUGAAAAUUACUUCGCUUUACUGGAUGUUGCGAAGAGAUAUAACGUUGACCUAGUUGCUUUAAAAAAGAAUUUUAGGAGUAUUCAAAACCAGAUUCAUCCGGACAAAUUUGCGCAACAAACACCCGAAGAGAAACAGCUGGCUCUAGAAUGGAGUGCACUGAUCAACAAGGCAUACAAAACCCUUACGAAAUCUGUAGAUAGAAGCCAGUACUUAUUAGAACUACAAGGGAUUACCAUAUCGGAAGACAAUAGCCACAUUGAUCAAUCGUUUUUGAUAGACAUGAUGGAUCUUAACGAAUCCAUAGAUGAGGCUCGUGACUCGGAACAACUACAACAACUAAAAGCUCGCAUUGAAAAUUUAAUACAAAAUCAAACUCAGGACAUUGAACAAUCUUUCCAAGCAGAUGAUCUUGAGAGGGCUAAGCAAAGUGUGAUCCGCCUAAAAUAUCUUAUCAAUAUUGAAUCAAAAACUAAAGCAAAGGUUUUGCAACAAAGUUUGCAAACGAAAUAAGCAUUGUCCGUGUGGAAUGAGUCGUGAAUUAGUUCGGUUGCUCAUCUCUGCCACGAAUCCGGAGGCGGGUCAGCAACGUUAGGCCUUGGCUUGUGUGUAUGCCUAUUCGUAAAUCAAAACCAAAAAAUAAACGCCAAUUGUUGUUGAGUCGCUAAAGGAAGAGGACUACAUUAAUGGCACUACUCUUUGCUUUUCCCGCUCGAUACAUCAGCCUCGGCCGUCCCAUAGAGAACUAGCUGCAGUCGCUGCAGCUCUUUCUCCAACUUUGAUCUUUGCAUUCAAAUCCAACGUCCACCGGUCUAGUGUCUACAGCUCGCACAAUUUCCGCCCUCCGGGUUUCAAUCGGUGUGCGCCUUUUUGGUUGCCUCAUUAGCAUCCAUCGUUUGGCUUCGUGUUCGACGCGAAAGGCCACCUUUCGUCCUACACCCGUUCGUA